AUGAAGCCUCGCAGGCCAAGCUGCACAGACUCCAGCUCUGACUCUGACUCCAGGAGUCCUGAGAAGUUUGAGAGCGCAGCCCGGCGAAGGAUGGCAGCCAACGCGCGGGAGAGGAAGAGGAUGCAGGGUCUGAACACCGCCUUCGACCGCCUGCGUAAAGUCGUCCCUCAGUGGGGCCAGGAUAAGAAACUCUCGAAAUACGAGACGCUGCAGAUGGCGUUGAGUUACAUCAUGGCCCUCAGUCGGAUCCUGACAGACACCAACAGACACAACAACAGCGACAGGCAGUGGCUGGACCUCCAGUUUGACAGUUUGCAGUCGGAAAACUACGCGUGUUUUAUGAGGUACAGCUCUCCCGUUGAGAACGAGUGCAUCCAUUCGCCUUUCUCUUAUCACUGUGAGGGUGUCCACAUCCAGUCAUAG